AUGCGAGACGGUGUGGUGCGGGCGCCGAGCGGCGGCGGAGCGCGCGGCGGAGGGUGCUUGUGUCUGGCGCUGCUGCUGCUGACGGCGGGCGGCGCGCGCGCGCUGCGCUGCGAGCGCAUCAACAUCCCCGCGUGCCAGGGGCUCGGCUACAACCUCACCACGAUGCCCAACGUGCUGGGCCACGAGGACCAGAUACAGGCCGAGAGAGCGCUGCAGGCGCUGCUGCCGAUGGUGCACUACAACUGCUCGCGGCACGCGCGGCUGUUCGUGUGCUCGGUGUUCGCGCCGCUGUGCACGCCGCAGGUGGCGGGCGCCGGCGUGGCGGCGUGCCGGUCGCUGUGCGCCGCCGUGCAGCGCGACUGCGGGCCCGUGCUCGCCUCCUUCAGCCUGCCCUGGCCCGCCGCGCUCGCCUGCGACGGCUUCCCCGAGGCGGGCCUCUGCAUGCACGAGCCGCCGCCCGCCAACAACACGCCCGCGGCGCACGCCUGCCCGCCCAACUUCGUGCGCGCUCGCGACUCGCUGGGGGCGGUGACGUGCGCGCCGCGCUGCGGCCGCGACGCCUACUACCGCGCAGAGGACAAGCGCUUCGCCGAGACGUGGAUGACCGGCUGGGCAUGGCUCUGCUUCCUGUCCACGCUCUUCACGCUGCUCACCUUCUGGGUGGAGCCCGCGCGCUUCCGCUACCCCGAGAGGCCCGUCAUCUUCCUCGCGCUGUGCUACAACCUGCUGGCGCUGGGGUACAUCGUGCGCGGCGCGCUGGGCGCGGCCGCCUUCAGCUGCGUGCAGCCCCCGGAGGCGGCGCUGGGGGCGGCGGCGGCGGCGGCGGGCGCGGGCGCGGGCCACGUGGCGACGGACGGGCUGGAGUCGGGCGCGUGCACGCUGUCCUUCCUGGCGCUCUACUACUUCUCGCUGGCGUCUUCGGCGUGGUGGCUGGUGCUGGCCGCCUGCUGGUUCCUGUCGGCCGCCAAGAAGUGGUCGUGCGAGAGCCUGCACGCGCUCGCCACCUACUUCCACCUGGCGGCCUGGGCGCUGCCCGCCGUGCUCGCCGUCGCCGCCCUGCUGCUGCGACACGUCGCCGCCGACGAGCUCACCGGCCUCUGCCAGGUGUCGGAGUCGGCCGCCGUGGCGCUGGUGGUGGUGCCGCAGGGCGCGCUGCUGCUGGCCGGCGUCGUGUUGGCAGCCCUGGCGGGGGCCGCCCUGCUGCGCGUGCGCGCCGCCGUCAAGGUGGCGGGCCGCGGCGCGGGCGCCGGCAAGCUGGAGCGGCUGAUGACGCGGCUGGGCGUGUUCUGCGCGCUGUACGCGCUGCCCGCGGCCGGCGCGCUCGCCUGCCUGCUGUACGAGUCGUGGCACCGGCCGCGCUGGCGCGCGCUCGCGCUGCUGCACGCGCUCGACUGCCGCAUGGCCGCCGCCACCGCCGCCGGGCCCGCCGCCCCCGCCGGCUGCCAGCCGCAGCCGCUGCCCGCCGCCGCCGCCGUCGAGGUGGCGCUGCUGCGCCUCUUCCUGUCGCUCGUCGUCGGCGUCACCUCGGGCAUGUGGGUGUGGUCGGGCAAGACGUGCCGCGCCUGGUCCAAGCUGUUCACGGCGCCUCGCAAGGCCCACCAGCACCACGCGCUGCCGCUCGCCAGGACGCCCGCCUCCGGCUCGCUGCACGUCUCCAGGGUCUGACUGCCCGAGCACUGCGAGUUUCUCCGGGGCGCGGCGUGUACCGCCGAUCGGCCCUCCGUAUGCACCUACCGACUACCGCGCUACACUGCGCGACGUUAUACCGGCCAGUGGUGUGUUCGAAGUAAAGUACGGAGAUAACCACAGUACAUUUCAGUUCUCGGAGUAUAAAAGCCGGCUCUGGAUGUAGUACACACUGGUGGGGUGAGAAUUAGCACGACCCUUCGGAUGCAUCGAGGGUUCUCUUCCAGCCUACGGCAUCGUCACCUGUACGAGACAUUGACCUCUCUUGCACAGAGCACAGCUCCUGGCCACAAAGCUGUCCACUCCAGACUGUUACCAGUUUACAUUUCCACCAUAUACACUGUGCCUACAGCAGUUCCUCUCAGUGGGUAACCCCUGAAUUCCUUUGGAAACACUGAUCAGCUCUGAUAAUUUAUAUGACACGAUUGGUCUCACUACAAAAACCAAAUUUUCUUACGGUAUGAUGUGAACACUAAACUGUGGCAGUUUUAGGUGGGGAGUGUUUCGAAAUACGGUCGCGUAAGAUACUGAUACAGUUCACGCCUGAACGACCACUGCCGACUGCAGCAAACAUUUGCACUACAGCCACUACUGAACGCUUUGUAUACUUCAAUUGCUUUGUGUUGUGGCUUGCUUUUUUUCUAAUUUUGAAAUGAGUGAAGAAACUAAUCCUGCUGCAUAAAGGGAUUUGAAUGCAACUUUCAUUACAACAGGAGGAAUUAGCAAUCCCCAUGAUCAUUAUUACAAUUCUGCUGUUGUGGAAGCACAGAAAGCAGACGUAGGAUUGGCAAUCCUUCGAUAAGGAGGUUGGUUUGUUGCUCCGCAAUCCUCCUCUCCUCUUUGGAAAUCUAAGGUCUCGUUUGUUUAUGUUCGCAGCCAACUGCCACGAUAUACUGUCCGCAUAAUACGUCCAUAUAUUUAAAAAAAAAAACCUGAAUCUUCUGUUUACAUUACCAGCAAUACAACUGCUUACAUAUUCGUUUUCUUGC